AUGAUUACUUUACUUCCCUGACCUCAAGCGUUGAUAAAAGUUUGUAUACUUAGUGAGUUAUUUUGGUAAUCGGUGACAUUUUAGUGAAGUGCCUAAUUUGAUCAUGGAGGCUAUAGCAAAACACGAUUUCACUGCAACUGCUGAUGAUGAGCUCAGCUUUAGGAAGAAUCAAGUCCUCAAGAUACUAAACAUGGAGGACGAUAUGAACUGGUACAGGGCUGAAUUAGAUGGCAAAGAAGGACUAAUUCCUAGUAAUUACAUUCAAAUGAAAAGUCACAGUUGGUAUUACGGAAGAAUCACAAGAGCGGAUGCAGAGAAACUUCUAGCAAAUAAACCAGAGGGUGGUUUCUUGAUAAGAAUCAGUGAAUCAAGCCCUGGUGACUUCUCCUUAUCUGUCAAAUGUCCGGAUGGCGUGCAACAUUUCAAAGUUCUACGGGACGCGUCCAGCAAAUUCUUCCUGUGGGUGGUGAAAUUCAAUUCACUCAAUGAACUCGUGGACUACCACCGUAAUGCGUCAGUCAGCCGCCUGCAAGACGUCAAGCUCAGAGAUGUUGUUCCUGAAGAGAUGUUGGUGCAAGCGCUGUACGACUUCACUCCGCAGGAGGCCGGCGAGCUGGAGUUCAGGCGUGGUGACGUCAUCACGGUCACUGACCGCUCCGAUCAGCAUUGGUGGCAGGGCGAGAUAGCGCACCGGCGCGGGCUGUUCCCGGCGUCGUACGUGACGGCGUACCACCAGUCAUAGUGCGCGCGCGCCGCUCGCCCUUGCCUCUCUACGCCGCUCGCCCGCGCGCCCCGCCCGACAAUGAUCACACUCGCCUACCUACUAUCAUAUCAAUAACUCGGUCACACAACGAACAUUCACCUAGUAAAGCUACUACAUGAAAACGUUAUAGUUUUCUCGGUUUUACUACAAAUUACGUAUCUUCGUAUCUUAUGCGAUUUUAAAUUAUCACUAGCUAGAGUUAUUGAGUAAGGCACCAAGUGUCAUCAAUGUCUCGCUCGGAUCAUGUUUGAUUUUUAUAUAAUGUUUUGACGAGUAUAUGGUGCUUCGUGUUCACAGCCGAUUAC